AUGACUGAAAGAUCUACCAAGAGACAGAAAGUAGCAUCAGCAGUUGCUUCUGCUGAUGUAAACGACGACUCACAAGCUGAGAAAGUCGCCGAGGCAGCUGAACAAUCCCUUCAUGAUCAUCCUCACCCGCAGGAAAAUAUCAAGUUGAUACAUCACGACAACGGCGAAUUCAAAGGACUUGUACGUCAUCAAACCACAGCUCAGGAUGCAGAAAAGCUCGAGGAUGGGCCAAUCAAUCCGUUCACUGGUGAGCAAUUUUCCGAUUCAUAUUUCAAGAUCCUUAAGGUGCGUCGUGAUUUGCCAGUACAUGCUCAAAGAGAAGAGUUUCUCAAGACUUUCCAUUCAACGCAGAUUAUGGUGUUUGUGGGUGAGACAGGGUCUGGUAAAACGACUCAGAUCCCUCAGUUUGUGCUUUAUGACGAAAUGCCCCAUUUGACUGGAAAGCAAGUUGCGUGUACACAACCGAGAAGAGUGGCGGCAAUGUCGGUUGCCCUGAGAGUGGCUGAUGAGAUGGAUGUGAAACUUGGUGCUGAAGUUGGGUACAGUAUACGUUUUGAGAAUAAGACGAGCCCCAAAACCAUUCUCAAGUACAUGACUGAUGGUAUGUUGUUGAGGGAGGCUAUGGAGGAUCAUGAUUUGAGCAAGUAUUCGUGUAUUAUUCUCGAUGAGGCGCAUGAGAGAACGUUGGCUACUGAUAUUUUGAUGGGAUUGUUGAAACAGGUUACUGUUAGGAGACCAGAUUUGAAAUUGAUCAUUAUGUCGGCAACGUUGGAUGCAGAAAAGUUUCAAAGCUAUUUUCAUAAUGCGCCAUUGAUGGCGGUUGCUGGUAGAACCCAUCCUGUUGAUAUUUACUACACGCCUGAGUUUCAGCAAGAUUAUCUAGAUUCAGCAAUACGUACUGUCUUGCAGAUUCAUGCCACCGAAGAUGAAGGUGAUGUGUUGUUGUUUUUAACUGGUGAGGAGGAGAUUGAGGAAGCUUGCCGAAAAAUCCAAUUCGAAGGGGAUGACUUGAUUAGGGAACAAGGAUGCGGUCCAUUGAAAGUGUACCCCUUGUACGGGUCGUUGCCACCAAAUCAACAACAACGUAUCUUUGAGCCAGCACCAGUAAAUCCAGUCCCUGGUGGUCGUCCUGGAAGAAAAGUUAUUGUGUCGACAAACAUUGCCGAAACUUCAUUAACCAUUGAUGGUAUUGUUUAUGUGGUUGAUCCCGGGUUUUCCAAGCAAAAAGUGUACAACCCGAGAGUACGUGUUGAGUCGUUGCUUGUGUCUCCCAUCUCAAAGGCAAGCGCACAGCAAAGAGCCGGUAGAGCUGGUCGUACUAGACCAGGUAAAUGUUUCAGACUAUACACGGAGGAAGCGUUCCAAAAGGAAUUGAUUCAGCAGUCGUAUCCUGAAAUUCUACGCUCCAACUUGUCUUCAACCGUGUUGGAGUUGAAAAAGUUGGGGAUUGAUGAUUUGGUUCAUUUUGACUUUAUGGAUCCACCAGCCCCAGAAACCAUGAUGCGUGCAUUGGAAGAGUUGAAUUAUUUACAAUGUCUUUCGGAUGAAGGUGAAUUAACUGCAUUGGGAAGAUUGGCGUCCAAUUUCCCUCUUGAUCCUAUGCUUGCUGUCAUGUUGAUUGGUUCGCCAGCUUACAAAUGUUCAGAAGAGAUCUUGACCAUCGUGGCAAUGUUGAAUGUACCCACUGUAUUUGUACGCCCUUUAUCUGCUCGUCAACAAGCCGAUGAAGCGAAGAUGUCAUUUGCCGAAUUUGAUGGUGAUCAUUUGACAUUGAUCAAUGUUUAUGAAGCUUUUGAGGCUCAACAACUGGAGGUGCAUAGAUGGUGUCGUGACCAUUUCCUUAGUUAUCGCUCACUUGUCACUGCACGUAAUGUUCGGUCGCAAUUGCUGCGAAUGAUGGAGAGGUACGAUUUGGAAUUGGUGACGCAGUAUGGUGAAAUUGAUGAGCCUCAAUAUUGGCAAAACAUUAAAAAGGCUCUCGUUGGUGGGUUCUUUAUGCAAGUGGCCAAGAAAAAAAGUGGUGGUUCCAAAGGGUACCUUACAGUGAAAGAUAACCAGGAUGUUUUGAUCCAUCCAAGUACAGUGGUGUCCAACCCUGGUGAAUGGGUUAUUUACAAUGAGUUUGUGUUGACGAGUAAAAACUAUAUCAGAACAGUCACCAAUGUGCAGCCAGAGUGGCUAGUGGAUAUAGCUCCAAAGUACUACAACUUGGACCAUUUUGCGAAGGGGGACACUAUAAACUCAGAAGACACUUUGACUUACAAUAUGCCACCAAAGAAGAAGCAACAGCCAUCCGAUAAGAACAAAGCUAAGGCCAAGGCCAAGGCUGCCGAAGAUAAAACCUUUGGUAUGAAGAACAAAAACAAGUCGAAAAAAGUGCAACAGCAAAUCAAUCAAUUACAAGCAGGUAUUGAUGGAGGAGCAGCCAAAAGGAAAGAGGCUGAAGCUAAGAGGAAGGCUGAGGAAAAGAAAGCAGCAGAGGAAGCCAAGAAGGAGGCGGCCAAGCUUUUUGGUAUACAACAGCAAAAAGUGCCCUUUGGAGUCGAUCCCAAAUCUAUAUUGUGUGAAUUUUUCAGACAAGGCGUUUGCACUAAAGGAAACAAGUGUAAGUUUAGUCAUGAUCUAAAUGUUGGCAGGAAGGAUGUCAAGAAGGAUUUGUAUACUGAUGUCAGGGAGGAGAAGGAACAGGAUACAAUGGAUAAGUGGGAUGAGGAGAAGUUGCGUAGUGUCAUUCUUUCAAAACAUGGUAACCCCAAAACCACAACCGAUAAAGUCUGCAAGUAUUUCAUAGAUGCAGUUGAAAACGGUAAAUAUGGCUGGUUCUGGGUGUGUCCGAAUGGAGGUAACGAAUGUAAAUAUAAGCACUCGUUGCCACCGGGGUUCGUAUUAAAGACAAAGGAGCAAAAGAAGUUGGAGAAACUAGCGGCGGAAAGUGCACCAAAGAUUACAUUAGAGGAGUUUUUAGAAUUGGAGAGAAGCAAGCUAGACAAGAGCACAUUUACGCCUAUUACGGCCGAGUCAUUUAAAAAAUGGAAAGCGGAACAGAAACUGAAAAAGGAGGACCAAAAGAAGGAGGAGGAGAAGAGGAGUGGGAAGAAACCCCAGACUGGAAGGCAAGUCAUAUUGGAAAAGUUCUCCGACAAGUAUUACACGGAAGAAGAUGAUGGUGGAGAAACUUGGGACUUGUCUCAAUUCAAGUCUGACCUUCCUGAUGAUAAUUCGAAUAUAAAGGAUUAUGGAGAUGGGUCCAACGUGCAGGAAUAUUAUCAGGAUGAAGGAAACAAAGAGGGAAAGGAGGAUGCAAAUGGGGUGGCUGUCGCCAAUGGGGAAGCCAAUGGGGAAGUUAAUGGAAGUACUUGA